AUGGAUUGUAGUGCUGGCGUUGCGACCGGUAGGGUUUUGAGAUCGAGAAAGAGAAGCAAUGAAGGGUUGAUCAUGCCAAGCACGCCAAAGAAGGCCAGGUCCGAAAACUGUGCGUUGCCUAUGACUCCUCCCGCUACUGGGGUGAAGAAGCAGUGCGCAAAGGAGCCCCUCACGCCCUGUGCGUCUCCGAUGAGGUUGAUUUUUGGUAAAAGGUCGAUGUAUUCGAGGACAAAAGCGCUUUUGCAGCGGUCGUCGGGUCUUUUUACCGAGCUGGACGGACAUCUACCGACUAGAAAAUCCCAGCAUUCGGAUAUUUUGUCAUUUUUGAACCGUAGCGUGGGAGGCCGCGUGAGCGAUUCUCUGUACAUUACUGGGCCGCCUGGUACCGGAAAGACCGCUCAAAUUGAUGCGAUCGUUAAGAAUCGGUUUCUGCCGGUGAUACUGCCGUCUGCCGCCGAUUCCAAGAUUACUCGGCCAGCUUCUGCAAAGGGUCUUAAAAAUGUUUCGUACUACGAGUUGCCCGACGGGAAAGUGGAAACGGUCGCUGUGACAACAAUCAAUUGUAUCGCUGUUAAUGACCCUUCGACUAUUUUCAACAAGAUUUACACGUCACUGGUCUCUUCGCCUGAGUCUGGCGCUCCGGUUAAGACUAUGUCCGAGUUACAGCGUUUCUUGGAAAGCUACGAGGGAUCUACUGGGUUCUUGGUUAUUUUGGAUGAGAUGGAUAAGUUAGUGCAUUCAAACUCAAAUGAUACAAAUUCGACAAAGACGAUUUUCGAGUUGUUUUUGCUGGCCAAAUUGCCUUCCGCCAGAUUCACACUUAUUGGAAUCGCUAACAGUUUGGACAUGAAGGAUAGAUUCCUAUCUCGUCUGAACUUGAGACAAGAUCUCUUGCCCGAGACGCUCGUUUUCCAUCCGUAUACGCCUGAUGAGAUGUUUGAGAUCAUCAUGAAUCGCUUGAAAAGAGUAAGUUGUAACGAGGAGGACUGCGUUUUCAACCCAAUGGCUAUCAAGUUCGCCGCAAAGAAGUGUUCUGGUAACACGGGUGACUUAAGAAAGCUAUUCGACGUGUUGAGAAGCAGUAUUGAAAUUGUCGAGUUGCAAGUGGUCGCUUCCAAAUUGAAGGAUAAAGAUGCAAAUUCGUCAAGUUUAGUCAAAGUAGGACUGCCCCACGUUGCCAAAGUCUUCUCUCAGUUCAUGAAUAACUCUUCGACAAGAUCAAGAAUCAACAAACUGAACAUGCAACAACGUCUCAUUCUGUGUGCCAUCGUGCACAGGGAAAAGACAGAUAUAUUUCAAACGCACUGUUCGCUAGACGACAGCUAUGAUUACUACGUCAAUUUACUCAAGAAUAAGGACGCUCUGACGCCUUUGAAGAGGAACGAAUUUUUGGAGACUUGUAACGCUCUGGAGACUUGUGGUGUGACCCGAAUUUUCCAAGGCAGAUCAACGGGAAAGACCAGGCAUGCUAUUAAAUUAAUCAAAUCAUCCAUCGACGAGAAGGAAUUCGAGGAAGAGAUGAGCAAAGUCGAAAUACUCCGGAGGUUUCUAACGAACUAG